AUGAUGCCCGACUCACGAGCGCCGCCGUCUUUUGUUAAAGCCGACUUCGAACGCCGCAGGCAGUUCCCUGCAAACACCACAGUAUCCCAAGUUCCCAACUACAGCAAGUUUCAUCUCCUCAUUUACACCCAAAUCAACACCAGUGCACAGAUCUUUAUUUUCAACCAAAAAUCGCUGACUGAACCAAAGUUUAAAAUCGUGGACUUUAAUUCAUCAGCCUUUGACUGUCUGAGAAAUCCAUUACCGGUCAGAGAGGGCCUGAGUGCAAAUCGAUCGAUUUUUAAUCUGCAACCCAACUUCAGACCGAGUUCACCAAUUGCCGAUACCUCAAGUCGUUCCCUCGGAGCCGACGGCUCUCAAACCUUCACCGUCAAAGCCCGACGGACCCCGUCAGCCGCCGAUAUCUCGUCCGAGAAACCGAACCCCUGCUGGCGUUCGAGCGACGAUCAACCUUCACCUCUGCCAUCGACGAGAACUCGCAAGAAGCACUGCCGAGCAAACCCAGCAUCUCCGUCAACCAGGUCGCGAGUCUUCCUUCUCGCUGGCAUCUCAGCCACCCCGUACGGACGAGUAGCAGGCCCUCGUUGCACAGAUUGUCCGACGACUUCAAUCGCAGCAACCCAUCCCGUCGACGUCCGCCCGCCUCGCCGGGAGCCAGCCGCGGGCAGCAGUGAACAGUCACCGCCGAAGAAUUUCGUCCCAGCCACCGUCGAGCCGCGACUAGCCACCCUCGCGAGCCCUUUGCCGGUGUACUCGAGCACCUCCGGCCGCGUUUGA